ACGGUCGCGCCACUCGAUGCUGUGAUUUAACGCGAGCAUUCUGUAAAACACGACUGUCGUUACGUACUCUGUUUACAGACUUUAAAAAUUUGUACCGUUAACUUCGUUUUAUAAUAAAACGAUACGUACAUGUUAUUUUAAAUUGUUUUCGAUAUUAAAUUAUCCUGGACGUCUAUAGUGAAAUAUGGAAUUUGUGAAUCAAGUUAGUCAGUGUUCCAGUGCAAUUACAAGGACUCCUUAUUAAAUUAGAACCGAUUGGAUUAUAAAUUGAUGGAUACUUCACAUCCGGCAAGGGGACACAGUCAACUAAUGCCGACGGAAAAAACAUGACACUACGUUUUCUCUCAGUUGAUUUUCUUCUAUCUUGAUGAUUGAUUUUGAUCACUAUGGCUUUUCAAGAAAUAUACUUCAAGAAUUCAGUCGUCGCCUACAUAAUAUUUUUAUUUAUUUUGAGGUUAAAUGUCGCCGAUCAGAGUGCAUUUCCGCUGAAAUAUGAAGCUCCUGAUGAUUGUCAAUGGUGGCUAAAGGGUCCCAACGACGCCCAUGAAGUGUCCCUUACGUGUAAAUUACGGACAAUUAACAGUGAAUUCGAUACAACCAACUUUAGUGUCAUCCCUUCUGAGCACACAACUUCGCUCAGAAUUGAGUGUAACGAAGAGAUUAUGUACAAAAGCUCUCUCGAUGAUCGUAGUUUUGCGCAUCUAGUGAAGUUACGUGAACUUAUAUUGGACAAUUGUAAAAUUGGACGAUGGCCUCCGGGUGUGCUCUCUGGACUGAGAGAUCUUCGAAAUCUUACAGUAAGAACAAAAAAUACCGAAUGGAGUGCAAUGAGUUUAGAAAUAGCGUCAGAAAGCUUUACAGCCGUGCGUCAAUUAGAAAAACUGGAUUUAAGUUUUAACAACAUCUGGUCGUUUCCUGAAAAUUUGUUUUGCCCAUUAACGAAUUUAGUUUAUCUAAACGUUUCCUCAAAUAGACUCCAGGAUGUCAGUGAUUUGGGAUUCAGAGAAAGGGCAAUGCAUCAAGCUUUAAUUAGUGAACACGAGGGACCACCGCCAUCGGCAUUGACUCCUCAUGCAUCGUGCUCCUUAGAUAUUGAAGUGUUAGAUGCUUCCUAUAAUCACUUUGUGUUAAUGCCCGAAAAUGGAUUUCAUGCCUUACGCAGAUUAAAGGAACUGCACAUUCAUGAUAAUGAAAUAUCGAUGGUGGCUGACAAAGCGUUAGCGGGACUUAAACAGUUACAAAUAAUAGAUCUCUCCAACAAUAAAAUUGUGGCCCUCCCUCAAGACCUUUUCAAAGAUUGUAGGCCGGUGAUAAAAGAAAUAUAUCUACAAAAUAAUUCAAUAAGUGUGCUUUCUCCUACACUAUUCGCCAACCUUGAUCAGUUAUUGGCGCUAGAUUUAUCAAAUAAUCACCUCACGAGUACGUGGAUUAAUGAAAACACUUUCGCUGGUCUUAUAAGAAUGGUACUACUUAAUUUAUCUAACAACCGACUAACAAAACUAGAUCCAAAAAUCUUCAAGGACUUGUAUACACUACAGAUAUUAAAUGUCCAGCGUAAUAUGCUAGAGAGUAUUGCUGCAGAUACAUUCGCUCCCAUGAAUAAUCUACAUACCCUGAUUUUGUCAUAUAAUAAGAUAUCACAUAUUGAUGCCUACGCACUGAAUGGUCUGUACGUAUUAUCUUUAUUAUCCAUUGAUAAUAAUCGUCUUGAAGAAUUACAUCCGGAAGCGUUUAGAAACACUUCUUCUUUACAAGACCUCAAUUUAAAUAGUAAUCGAUUGAAAAAAGUGCCUACAGCGCUGAGAAACAUGCGCUUAUUACGAACUCUCGACCUUGGUGAAAAUCAAAUUACCUCAUUGGAAGAACCUGGGUUUGUUGGAUUGCAUAACGUAUACGGACUACGUCUGAUUGGAAAUAAGAUAGAAAACAUAAGUAAGGAUGUAUUUAGCGAUUUACCAUCUUUGCAAAUUUUAAAUCUAGCGCGUAAUAAAUUACGCUUUAUAGAUAUGAGUGCAUUUGAAAAUUUAAAGACGUUACAAGCAAUCAGAUUAGAUGCCAACCAGAUUACAGACGUCCAAGGGCUUUUUGUAAAUAUUCCCUCUCUAUUGUGGUUAAACGUCUCGGAUAACAAAAUAGACUGGUUUGAUUACUCUGUCAUUCCGACGGGACUUCAAUGGCUGGAUCUCCAUAGUAACAAUAUUAAAGAAUUGGGAAAUAACUACCGCUUAGAUAAGGAAUUACGAUUACAGACAUUAGAUGCUAGCUUCAACAAAAUGACAAAAAUAUUUACCUACUCUAUUCCCAGUAGUAUCGAGCUCCUCUUCUUGAACGAUAAUCAAAUUACACAAGUUGAGGCUCAAACUUUCGUUGGGAAAACCAAUUUAACGAGAGUCGAUUUGUAUGCAAAUCAGAUCACUAGUAUGGAUCUCAAUGCGCUUCGCCUAACUCCAGUUGAUCCGGGGAGGCCUCUGCCCGAAUUUUAUAUUGGUGGAAAUCCUUUUCAGUGUGAUUGUACUAUGGAGUGGUUACAACGUAUAAAUAAACUAGAUCACCUCCGACAACACCCUAGAGUAAUGGACCUGGAAAGUAUUUAUUGCAAACUGUUAUAUAAUCGCGAAAGGACCUAUAUACCUCUAGUGGAAGCUGAGUCAUCGCAGUUUUUGUGUACAUAUAAAACACAUUGUUUUACGUUAUGUCAUUGUUGUGAUUUUGACGCGUGUGAUUGUGAAAUGACGUGCCCAUCGAACUGUACCUGUUAUCAUGACCAACCGUGGUCGGCAAAUAUAGUAGACUGUUCAGCUGCUGGGUAUUCUGAAAUACCUAACAGUAUACCCAUGGACGCUACGGAACUGUAUCUAGACGGUAAUAACUUUGGCAGCUUAACAAGCCACGCUUUUAUAGGUCGUAAGAAUUUAAAAAUAUUGUACGCAAAUAACUCGAAUAUUGACGCUCUGUAUAAUAAUACAUUUAGUGGACUAAAACGCUUGACUGUAUUGCAUUUAGAAAAGAACAACAUAAAGGAGCUGUUAGGAUUUGAAUUAUCGCCCUUAGAGAAUUUACGGGAAUUGCAUCUCCAAGACAAUAAAAUACAUUAUAUCGAUAAUCGAACGUUCAUCGAACUUAUGCAUUUAGAAGUUUUACGGCUCGAGGGAAACAACAUUUAUAGCUUCGCCGUGUGGCAAUUCACGAUGAAUCCAUAUUUGGUAGAGAUAAGUCUUUCACGCAAUCCCUGGUCCUGUGAUUGUCUAUACAUACAUAAAUUCCGAAAUUGGUUUCGAAAUAAUCUCGGUAAAGUUGAAGAUGCCAAGAAAAUUACCUGUAUCUUUGACAAUAUUACUAACGCAGUUGGACCUCACAUGUCCGACUUUAACUCAACGAUUUGUACAAGUCACGUCGGUGGAGUUUCAUCGAUUAUCGAGAACCAAGUAAUAAAUGAUUACCUACCAUUAUUGUUGAUAUCACUAUGUGUAUUUGUGAUAAGCUCUGUCCUCAUAUGCGGCGUAUUUUACUGGAGACGUGAAUUGAGAGUAUGGAUAUAUUACCAUUGUGGAUUUAGAAUGUGCUAUAAAAGCACAUCGUUCGAUGACGAAGCUGAUAAAGACAGAUUAUUUGACGCCUACAUAAGUUAUAGCGUGAAAGACGAGGCCUUUGUAGCUCAAAUGCUUGCUCCGGGCUUAGAAUCUACAGAUCCUAGUUUUCGGUUGUGUUUACACUACCGCGACUUCAACGCGUCGGCCUACGUAGCAGACACAAUUAUCGAGGCCGUUGAAUCCUCGAAACGAACAAUUAUAGUGUUAUCUAAAAACUUUAUAAAUAACGAAUGGUGUAGAUUCGAGUUUAAAACGGCUCUCCAUGAAGUAUUAAAAGAAAGGCGAAGAAGACUGAUAAUAAUAUUGUUAGGUGAUUUACCGAAUAGAGACAUUGAUCCCGAGUUGAGGUUGUGUUUAAAAGCGAAUACGUGUAUAGAGUGGGGUGAUAGACAGUUUUGGCAAAAGUUAAGGUUCGCAAUGCCGGACUUGCGGAAGUGUCAAUAUCACCGAUCGACGGUGAAUAUUUACGCGUCGGUGUCACCUCUGGGGGCAGGGCGGGCGCCGGCGCCGCCCCCGCCCCCGCCGCCUGGCAAGCUGCCCCCCUUGCUGGGUGAUGGCCUGGCGGACCGGCUCGCUGUCUCCACGAGCGUCCAUGCGCGUGACGCACACCCCCACCGCAUACCGCCGCACGCGCAGCUGUGGGCGUAGCGUAUGCUUCAACGCAGUGCCUCAUCAGAACGCGCUGCGUACACCUGGCUUCCGG